GCAAACGAAUCAUGAACUACGUCACGUGAGACGGCUGCACACGUGAUCUCUCAAUGAGCUGAACUGAAGAGUUUGAGACUGUGACGUCAUGCGCUGUCUUGGCAUUUCAUCUCGUAAACCUCCUUCGGAUCGCCAUUCCGUGAACAAGUUUUAUAAGUCAUGUUACAGCAACAACAACAACAACGAGAGCGGUACGUAUCCAAUGCGAUGCGACGAUCUCGGCGACAUGCGAAACGAACAUCAUGGAGAAGGAGAAGCUUAAUUUGCAAGACGCGUUGAACGGACUCGUCUCAUCCUUGAGCUCAUGAGGUUGUUUGAUGGGUACGCUCUUCCUGAUGAGAGAGGUUCAGUGGAGAAAACCAGUUGCCUCCGCCUCCUCUAAUAUCGACGAUAUCCACCAUCUUCACUCGGACUCGUUCUCUCGCUUCUCCAGUUACUUAACGAGACUCCAUAAUGACGCGAUGUCUGCAAUUCUCGCUCUCACUCCUCAACAAGGGUUCAUCACCAUCGAAGGAUUGCAACCACCAACGACCCACUGAGCUCUCCACCACCACCAUGUCUGAGUCUCGACUUGUGGGUUUUCCCUUGCUGUGUUCUUCUGGGAUCGUCUCUAUGAGUUCCAUUCUCAUAAAGUCCUUUGCUCUCGCUCUCCCUUGAACUUCUACUUUCUCUCUCAUCCCCAUCUCCCAUCUCCACAUGCUCGCAACCCCAGAUCACUUCUGAGGUUGACAAGUGGUUUUGUGCUGUCUCAUCAACUAACAGCAACUCGGCCGAAUCGUCUCCAACAUGUCCUCCGACUCGGAAAAGGCCUCCAAGAGGGCCGAGAGCCCCAGCCCCAUCGCCGAGAAUGAUGGUGGUAACGCUGAUGGCCUUCAUCGCCGUCUCAACAAUCGUCAAGUUCAACUCCUCGCUAUCGGAGGCACUAUUGGUACUGGUUUGUUCAUCGGUAUCGGUGCCGGUCUGGCCAAAGGUGGCCCUGGCAGUCUCCUCGUCUGCACAGCUCUCUACGCCAUGGUUCUCGGUCUCACCAACAACUCUAUCGCUGAGAUGAACACUUAUAUGCCUGUCUCUGGCGGUUUCAUCCGUCUUGCUGGUCACUGGGUUGAUGAUGCCCUUGGCUUCAUGGUCGGAUGGAACUUCUUCUUCUACGAGGCUCUCCUGAUCCCCUUCGAAAUCGUCGCUCUGAACCUCGUUGUUUCAUUCUGGAGUGACAAUAUUACUGACGCUGGUCCAACUGCUGGCUUCAUCAUCGCAGUCAUCAUCGCAUAUGGUGUGUGCAAUAUUCUUGCUGUUGGUGUCUUUGGUGAAGCUGAGUUCUGGCUGGCCCUUGGCAAGGUCCUCCUGAUCUUUAUCCUCUUCAUGUUUACGUUCGUGACGAUGGUUGGGGGUAACCCCCAAGGUGACGCUUAUGGCUUCCGCUACUGGUCCAAUGCGCAUGACGCAUUCGCGACAUUCCGAACCGAAGGUGAUCUUGGACGUCUAGAAGGAUUUAUGGGUGCAUUGGCCUCCGCUGCCUUCUUUGUCGUCGGUCCUGACUACAUUUCUAUGGUCGCCGCCGAAUCUAAGCACCCUAGCCGAUAUGUCAAGACUGCCUUCAAGACCUGUUACUUCCGUUUCGGUCUCUUCUUCAUCGGCGCUGCCCUGACUUGUGGCAUCGUUCUUAGCCAUACUGAUGAGACACUUGUUGAGGUCCAAUUUGGCAGCGGAUCCGGCGGUGGCACUGCUGCUGCCUCUCCUUGGGUCAUCGCUAUGUCCAACCUCGGUAUUGAAGGAUUGCCCCAUCUAGUCAAUGCCCUUCUUUUCACGACUAUCUUCUCUGCUGGCAACACGUACACAUACUGCGCAACCCGCUCCCUGUACAGUCUCGCCCUCGACGGACGUGCCCCUGCCUUCCUCCGCAAGACCACCAAGAGCGGUAUCCCUAUCUGGUGUUUCGCCGUCACCAUGGUCUUCCCUCUGUUGGCCUUCCUUCAGCUCGACAGCUCCUCCGCCGAGGCUCUGACUAUCCUUCUCGCCCUCAUCACCGGUGGCGGUAUUGUGGAUUAUAUCACCAUGAAUAUUACCUUCCUCUUCUACUACCGUGCGUGUAAGGCCCAGGGCAUUGAUCGCAAGAAGAUGCCCUACUUUGGCUAUUUCCAGCCCUACUGUGCCUGGAUCGCUCUUAUCCUUCACACAGUCGUUUGCUACACCUAUGGAUACACAUCCUUGGCCCCCUUCGACGCGAAGAACUUCUUCUCCAACUACACCAUGCAAAUCAUUGCUCCCUUCAUGUACCUAGGAUGGAAGCUCGUCAAGCGCACCAAGAUCGUCAGUGCCAAGGAGUGCGAUAUUGUCUGGGAGCGACCUGUCAUUGAUGCCUAUGAGGAGCGUGCUAUGAUUGUAGACCCCCCUACUGGCUUCUGGGAGGAGAUCAUUGGCCUUGUUGGUAUCAAGAAGAACAAGAAGAAGAACGCCGCUGAAGUCCAUGUCUGAGCGUGCACCUGGAAACGGUGAACGUGAAUGAAGAAUGACGCUGCAACAUUUAUGAUGCGCAGAAGCAGUGAGUCAGUUCGACAAUUGUCGCGACUGAGAAGAGGUCAAGCUCCGCUUAUCAUCAUCGAAGCGCAGAUAUCGUGGACAGAACCCUGCUGCGCCGCCUGAAGUUACAGGCGGCAUAAAAGAUACCCAAACGUCAUUCCCCAAUGGGUCGAGUGACGAUAGCUUGUAUGAAUUAGAGUAUAUAUACGAAUAUAUGAAUGAACAUAUCCUGCUAUGAUUGAUCUAUUCGCGCCUCCCAACGACAUGCUCAUCCAGUGUUGCGAACCACUGAGAAGCGGAGAUCUCUGUCUCCUAGGUUUGGGCUAAUUUACCUAAAUUCUUUUGUCGCUAAGGAUUCCUGGUCCGAAAAUUUCUUGCCUCCCUUACUCCCCCUAGAGCAGGCGGAUAACGCACCGGAGGUAGGUGGGGACUAACGGCCCGAAAGGCCAGCUCCGUACUUUCUGACCGGUGCCGGACGCCGAGUGGAUCCUCCGGGAGGGAGCAUAUGAUCCACUGAACGCAGCGUUACAAUUUCUUUGCUUUGUCCUCAUCGGCCUUUUUGCGAGCUCGGUUAAAGCUAUAGAUGAUCCACUGUUGGGUGUGCUUGGUCGGAUGUUGGCUAUCAAUCUUGCGGCGCUGAGUGACCGUUGCGUCUUCCUCAGCAAUAGCCCUCACAUUCAACACUCGACAUGCUGCCACAUCUCUCUUUUGUUCGCACCAGUUGAGUAUCUCGAACAGUGCUUGACUUGUACUCAAUUUCAACCCAAUGUCUUCGUUUGGCGUAUUCCAAGAUGCUAUCAACAGAACUCCUCUUUUGCCAUCGCAAUGGAACCCGAGCAACCCAUACUCCAGACCAGCUCUUGAUCUCCGUCUCUUCAUUCAACAGAUUGAAUGAAAUUCGCCUUUUUUCAUUGUACCUGCCAACAAAUAACCAUUGUCGAAUGACAAAAUCUGGGUUUGCAGUACUGAGGGAGGAAUUCUUGGGUUUACAAAGAUAGUCAGGCACCUUAGCGCCAUGAAGCGUGAGAAACUUGACUGCCUCCAAUCUGUGGCUUUGAAUGGCAGCAUUCAGGGGCGAUCCGUGUUCACGACAAUGGUGUUCAAGAUCACCAAUCCCAAGCUUGACGAAGUUCUGGAUCGCCGUGACAGAACCCCAGCAGGCUGCUCGACAUAGCAAACUAUGAGCACCGGGGGUUCGCAGGCCACACAGCUGGCGAACGCCCUCAAUCUUGACCGAAGGUUUGACAUACCGGAGGUUGUAGGUUAUCGCGACCAAGGUGUCUACUCCGUUGGAGAAGAAAUGGUCAGGCCAGCUGCUGAGCUUUCCCACUUGUAGAUCGAGUCUCAUGUUCAACAUGAAUAACAAAUAACACCGGCAAGGGCUUGUAAAAAGACAAUGGGAAGCGGAAUAACCGAACUUAUCGCAUAAGUAUAGAUCGACGCCAUGGUCUAGAAGUUGCUUGAAGAGCCCAAUGUUGGGUUUGGUGCCUGGGACACAAGUCCAUAAUGUCAUGAGCAUGAGGAGAUUUCUUCCCUCAGAGUUUAUUCGAUUGCUCGGUAGACCUGCCGCGAGAAGAAUAUCGACAACCUUCCAUGACUUUUGUACGAAAGCCACAUCGAGGAGCUCGUGGGAUGAAGUAUUCAUCACGUCGACAUGGGCACCGCGACUGAGGAGGAGCUCUACAACUUCUGCUGAACCGUGCUCAGAUGCAACAAAGAGAGGUGUGCAAUUUCUGUCGUCAGCUAUGUUAACGUCGGCACCGUGAAUUAGUAGAGCAUUUGCCGCUUUCACAUUAUUUUGCGCAGCUGCUAGAAAAAGAGGUGUUCGGUUCGGAUAAAGGGUAUCCCCUUGAUUGAUGAUGGCACUGAGCGAGUCAAGUGUUGAGGUGCUCUCGAAGAUGCGGCUGCCUGAUAUGUCUCUGAAGAACUUCCUGUGUACUAAUUAGCGGCAUCCUGACUUAGUAACUUGAUGAUUUACUUACGUGACUUC